AGGAAACUGAACUCUCGAUUCAGAUUCCCGUUGAAGUCUCCAGUCAAAAAAAAAAUUGUACAAACUUUUGGAUCUGUGGGACUUUGUGCUGCGGACAAACCCCCCUUCUGUCAGCGGCCUCUCUCCUGCUCCAAAGUUCAUGACGAUUACUGACGGUGACACGUUGCCGCUCGUCAUGCCCGUCCGAACGGAGCGCUGCUAUACCUCCGACGCGGCCUACACAUCCCCGGCCUCUCUUACCCCCCCUGCCCCAAUUAACGGCCAGCAGCCCGGGGUGACUACGUCUCUCCUCUAUAGCGGCUCGCAGUUUCGGGGCUAUCAGAAGAGCAAAGGGAAUUCUUACGACGUGGAUGUCGUUUUGCAGCAUGUGACUCCAGAGGACUCUUAUUUAUGUGGAUAUUUGAAGAUCAGGGGCCUGACGGAGGAGUAUCCAACGCUCACAACAUUCUUUGCUGGUGAAAUAAUAAGUCGAAAGAGACCUUUUUUAACAAGGAAGUGGGAUGCAGAUGAAGAUGUGGACAGGAAACACUGGGGCAAAUUUCAGCCUUUUUAUAAAUUUGCCAAAAGUUUCAACUCUGACGACUUUGACUACGAGGCGCUGGAACACAGUGAUUAUGUCUUCAUGAGAUGGAAGGAGCAGUUCCUGGUUCCCGAUCACACCAUCAAGGACAUCAGCGGUGCAUCAUUUGCAGGCUUCUACUACAUCUGUUUCCAGAAGUCCACAGCCACUAUUGAGGGUUACUACUACCACAGGAGCUCUGAAUGGUACCAGUCACUCAACUUAAACCACAUACAAGAGCACAGUAUGCCCAUUUACGAAUUUCGCUGCGGCAGUGUGACCCAGCCUUUUGCCACGGAGACGUACAGGUGCGUGGCCCCCUUCGAGACCAAGGACACCAAGAACAAGCCGUUUAAGGUGGCGCUGAAUGAGAAAGUGGAUGUGCUCAUGAAGGAUAAAGCGGGUUGGUGGCUUGUGGAGAACGAAGACAAGAGCAUGGCUUGGUUUCCAGCGCCGUACCUGGCGAGGCUGGAUGAUGAACCGGAAGACGACAGUGUGGAUGGACUUCCUGAAAGAGGAAUGUUGUACAACGUCACCAAGAGUUACCAGGCCCACAAUGACGACGAAAUGACCGUGAGCCUUGGUGCUGUGGUGGAGGUCCUGCAGAAGUCGGAAAAUGGCUGGUGGCUCAUCAGAUACAAAGCCAAAGCCGGCUACAUCCCCAGCAUGUACCUGAAACCCCAAGGCAACUCUACUGCACGCAGGACGGGCCACUCCCAAGAGCCCACUAGCCCUACCCUCCUGUCCCCCGUGUCCCCCGUGUCCCCCAACAGGCUGGCAGUGCAGUCGCAGCAGCUGAGCCGCUCUCAAGAGAAUCUUCUACGACCUUCUCCAAUGCCCGCCAGGCCCACCUCACCCAAACCUACCACACGCAAAGGCCUCCAACCAGAGAGCAAGAAUUUGUCCAAAUCUGCUGAGUUCCUGAACAGACCUCAACCAGCCAUACCAGUUCGGCCCAUCAUCAAGAAAGCCGCCGCCCCACCUCCCCCUCCAAAAUACAUCCCUAAACCAGUCAUCAAGGUGGAGAGCGACAUCGACGACGAUCAGCACCUAAGCGCAGAGGAGGACAGCGACGGAGAAUUCACAAGCGACAGCGACUUCAGCAGCGAUGACCUCAGCUCCUCCUCGGCCAGCACGCCCAUCAGGCUGACCAUGAGCACCGACGACUACCGCAUGCCACACAGCCGCACCCCUCCGCCGCCGUCCAGGCACAGCCUCAGUCCAGACAGCGGCUUGGAGGGCAGACUGACGCCCAGUGUCUCUGACUCAAACAUCUUUAAGAGCGCUAAUGCGGCACCCAAGAUGCCACCCAGGCCGAAGACAAAAGAAAUCCUCACACGCUGCACCACUGUCACACGCAAGAACGCAAAGAGGGCCGCAAGCCCAGCACCCUCUCCCAUACAGAGCUGGUAGCCUCUGUGCUUAUUAACCAAGACCACAAGUCAUCUACUGAUUCUUGUAGCUAAUUAUUAUUGGAAAGAUGUGUCUGUGUUCCAGUCUCUUCUGACUGUAUUUUCCAUACUGGAAAUCUUUUGUUGUGCUUUACAUGCAUUUAGACAACAGGAAAAAUAGCUCCUUUAUAAGUUCACCAUAAUAUAUUUUUGUUUGUGUGUAAAGAAAUACUUGUAUACAAAUAAAAGUGUGAUGGAAAA